AUGAAGGUUGGAAGCGCGCUGGUUCUGCUGGCGGCGUGCGCCUGCGCGGUGCUCGCUCAGAGCGACGACGACAAGCCGCAACAGCGCAGCGUGUGGGACGAGCCUAUCCGCUUCAACACCAAGAGCAAGGACGCCUGCGCCAUGGUGGUCUCGGGGGCCUCCGACUACACGCGUCUGCGCGUGUCCUGCAAGGGCCCGGCGGCGCGCUCCUACUACUGCGACUUCCAGGGUAAACCCAACCUGUGCCGCGCGUACAACCUCAACCCGCGCCACUACUUCACGCAGAUCAUGUGGGAGCUGCGCAAGCUCCCCCACGCCUGCCAGGGCGCCAAGCUCUACCGGCCCCCCAUGUGUAAGAAGCACCCCGACGAGGUCCAGAUGACCUUCGUGUCCGCCUGGCCCCGAGCCGCCAAGCCGGCCAAAGUCGUCCCCGCUGCCACGCAGAAGCCCCAGAGGGCGCCGGGCAAGACGCCGCCGGCCAAAGGCCCGGCCAAGAAGACCACCCCCAAGCCGGCCAAGACUACCACCACCGCCCGGCUUCCGACGGUGACGCCCGAGUCCAAGGCGUCCCGCUUGGCCAGCGAGUACUGCUGGAGGAGCUUCCACGGCAUCUGCGCUUACGUCAUCGGCUGGUUCAAGAAUUGA